CCUUUGUUCUGUUGUACACUUGUACGCGUCGUCAAUACGCUUUCCUUUCAUUUUGCGAACACUCUCUAAUCUCUCUCUACCUCGGAAAUUUGCGGAUCGUGGUCGGUUCCUGACUCAGAAUCAUUGGAUUUGAGCUAUGGGAAAGAGGAAGGCAAAAACAAAGCCACCUCCAAAGAAACGAAUGGAUAAGCUUGACACUGUCUUUAGCUGCCCUUUCUGCAAUCAUGGCACCAGUGUUGAAUGCCGCAUUGAUAUGAAGAACUUGAUAGGGGAAGCUUCUUGCGGGAUAUGUCAAGAGAGCUUUAGCACUACCAUCACAGCUUUAUCUGAGGCAAUAGACAUAUACAGUGAAUGGAUUGAUGAAUGCGAACGGGUGAACACCGUCGAGGAUGAUGGUGCUCAGUGAUUGUAAGAACUAAGAAUCCAGUUUUAGUGGCAGUGAAUGGAAUAACUGUCCAGCCUGUAAUUAUGUCAGUUCCGGUUGUGAGCACCAAUGCCACUACAAGCUUAGUUCCUAUGUAAACUUUAAACAGAUUGUAAUGCAUCUAUACAAGAACAUAAGAAUAAUUGUCUAUUUGAAUGAAGCCACUUUGAUCGGAAGCUAUGUUAGCCCUAUUUUAGUUUAAUAUUAGGGUAUGUGUUGGUUGCAUAUGUAAAGCUGAAAGCUCUUGGAUCUUCUUUUCCUUUAGGAGCAACCUGGAGAAAGGGGUUUGACGUGGA